CAGCGCAGAGAUGCUCUUCAAGGGCAACAGCUCCCGCCUGGAGCUGCUCAUCGAGAAGAUACAGGCCAACAAGGAGACCGACAGCCACGCCGCCGCCGCAGAAGCCGAAUUCAAAGACGCGCUGGGCACCGAGGCGGGCUCGUCGUGGAGGUCGGAGACGCCACCCGACGCGUCGCCGUCGGCCAGCUCGUGCGCGACGCCCAACUCGGCCAGCGACCUGCCCGACACCGAGCUGGCCUUCACCGUCGGCGUCACCGAGGGCACGCCCUACGCCUGCCAGUUCUGCGACAAGGCCUUCCCCAGGCUCUCCUACCUCAAGAAGCACGAACAGACGCACAGCGACCAGAUGCCGUUCCGGUGCGAGUUCUGCAGCCGGCUGUUCAAGCAUAAGCGCAGCCGCGACCGCCAUAUUAAGCUGCACACCGGCGACAAGAAGUACCGCUGCACCCACUGCGAGGCCGCCUUCUCACGCAGCGACCACCUGAAGAUCCACAUGAAGACGCACGACAACCAGAAGCCGUUCCAGUGCACGGUGUGCAACCGCGGCUACAACACGGCGGCGGCGCUGACGUCGCACAUGCAGAACCACAAGAAGGAGGGCAGCGCCUCUGCGGGCAGCGGCAGCGGUAGCGGCAGUGGCAGCGGAAGCGGCAGCGGUCCCAACACGCCCAGCCCCGGGCUGUCGGCCGCCUCGGGCUUUCGCUGCCUCUCCUGCGGGGACUCCUUCCGCAGGCCCGACGAGUUGCAGAGCCACGUGGCGACGCAGCACGGCUCGAUGCUGCUGCUGAGCCCCACGUUCCACCCUGCGCCAAAGCUGGCCUGCAUCUACUGCACCAAGGACAGCUUCACCAGCAUGGAGGCGCUGCAGCUCCACGUCCAUGCCAUGCACGGCUCGAUCCUGAACGGCGAGUACUCCUCGCAGCAGCAGCAACAGCGCCAGAGCAGGCAGGCGAGUCCGGCGGCGGCGUGCACCCCGCCCCCCGGAGCGCCGACGCACCCCAGCCCGCAGCCGCCGCAGCAGGUGGACGGCCGCCAGUCGCAGCCGCCCCAGCAGCAGCAGCAGCAGGUGCCGUGCGAGCUGUGCACGAUGCGCUUCGCGUCGGUGGCGGCGCUGCGGCAGCACGCGGCCGCCGUGCACGGGCUGCAGUGCGGGCCGUGCCAGCUGGCGUUCCCCAGCGCGGCGCUGUUCGCCGAGCACUACCUGCUGCACCAGCCGCCGCCACCGGCGCCGUCGCUGCUGCACCACCAGCACCAGCACGACGUGCGGCCACCCGCCAAGAGGCAGCGCAGCGACUCUUCUGCCGUCUACGAGCACCCGGGCACACUGCUGUGCAGCCAGUGCUCGGCGGCGCUGCCCGACUUCGAGUCGUUCCGCGAGCACGUGGUGGCGCACCACCUGGAGCCGGCCGCCGCCGCCGCCUCCGCCGCCCCCGGCGCGCCGCCCGCGCUGCCGCUGGCGGCCCGCUGCGCGCACUGCGGCGCCGCCUGCCCCGGCGAGGAAGCGCUGGCCGCGCACGUCGCCUCACACUUCCUGGCCACCGCCACGGAGUUCGGCUGCUCCUCCUGCCUCAAGCUGUUCGCCAAGCCCGACGAGCUGCAGAAGCACCUCAUGGACAUCCACGCGCACCACCUCUACCGCUGCUCCCUCUGCAAGGACAUGUUCGACUCCAAAGUUGCCAUCCAGGUGCACUUCGCGGUGAAGCACAGCAACGAGUGCAAGCUGUUCCGGUGCACGGGCUGCCCGGCGGCGGUGUUCCGGUCGGAGGCGGACUUCGGGCUGCACGUGCGCGCCACGCACGCGGCGCCCGCCCCCGGCUCCGCCCCCGGCGCCGGCGCCGCCCCCGGCAAGGCGCAGCAGGCCGCGCACCGCUGCCUCUUCUGCCGCCUCAGCUUCAGCUCGGAGCUCGAGAUGCAGUUCCACAUGGCGGCGCACUCCAAGCAGUUCCACUGUCCCGUCUGCAGGGAGGCCUUCCACGUCGAGUUCCUGCUCGACAAGCAUAUGCAGACGCACCACUCCACCCACCAGGUGGUGAACGGAAGCGCGCCUGCGACGCCGGAGCCUUUACAGCACGGCCCCAUAGCGCGCCAGCUGGCUCAGAAGUCUUCACCCAAGGCGAAGGGCGGGGGCGGCGGCGGCCGCAGCAGCACGGACAGCAGCGGCGCGGGUAGCCGCCUGGAGGAGGACGCCGCCUCCACGGACUCGCACCAGCACCUCGGCAGCGGCCGCAAGGGCGGCGGCUCCGGGGGCGGCGUGCGCGCGACCAAGGCCGGCGCUGCCGGGGGCGGCGGCGGCGGCGCGGUCAGCCUGCAGUGCGCCUACUGCAGCGAGACGUGCAAGUCGCGCACCGAGCUCGAGAACCAUACCAAGACGCACGCGGGGGCGGCGGCCGGCGGCGUGGGCGGCGGAGGCGGCGGCGCGGGGGCGGCCGGUCCCGGCGCGGCCGGCAAGCACAAGUGCAACAUCUGCGACGAGCUGUGCCCGUCGGCGGCGGUGCUGGCCGAGCACAAGCUGACGCACUGCAAGGUGGCGGCGGGCGCGCCGGCGUGCACGGCGUGCAAGGCGCCGCUGCAGCGCGAGGACGACCUGCGCGCGCACCUCGCCAGCCACGCGGGCGACAAGCUGCCCGCGCCCUGCCCCGUCUGUCGACAGACGCUCGUCUCCGACAUAGAGGUGCGGGUGCACGCCAAGUUCCACGUGCAGCAGGGCCAGCAGCAGCGCGGCAACGUGCCGUGCUGCCUGUGCCUCAAGCCGGGCGCGGCGCCGGCCGACGCCGAGCCCCCCGUCUGCGCCGACUGCCUGGGCAAAGCAGCGACGCGCUGCCAGGAGUGCCACCUCAAGUGCGAGUCGGCGCAGGCGCUCGAGGCGCAUGUCGCCGCCGCCCACCGCAAGGCCUACCAGUGCAUCAAGUGCCAGGUGAGCUUCGACAGCGAGGCAGCGGUGCAGCGGCACGUGGCGACGCACCUGCUGGAGGCGGGGGCCGGCGGAGGCGGCGGCGGCGGUGGCGCGGGGUCGCGGCUGGAGUGCCACGUAUGCCGGCGCGCGCUGGCGUCCCCGCUGCAGCUGCAGACGCACCUGAUCGAGCACACGUUCGCGGGCUGCGGCAGCUUCACGUGCUACCUGUGCAGCGCCGUCUUCACGGCGGCCGCCGGCCUGCAGCAGCACAUGCUGGCGGCGCACGGCCCCCAGGCCAGGCCCUACGACUGCGCCCGCUGCGGCCUGCGCUUCUUCUUCCGCGCCGAGCUCGACAACCACACCUACAGCCACCACAACGAGCGCGAAGACGAAAAGGUAUUCUAUCAACAUAGCGGGAGUAACGGCACAUAUGAGCUGGAUCCCUGCUACAAACCCCAGCAGCAGCCGGUAGAAACCGCCCACACAGCGACUCCUGGUCGGCGUACUCGGUCAGCCAGGGGCAGCAAGUCCGUGUCGCCGCGUGCCAGCACUGAGAACAACGGCGCCGUCUGCUGUACGGACAGCAGCGGAGCCUCUCCGUCGCCGCAGCAGCAGCAGCUGCCGCAGGUGUGCGUGAAGCAGGAACCUGCGACUGAGCCACAGCAUCCGACGGAGGAGCACGAGGAGCCGAGCUGUGAACAGCAGCUGCCGGCAGAUGUCAGCACUGGCAACCCCUCACAGGACUCACUGCAAGAGGACAAAGAACAGCAGCAGAUCUGCGAAAGGUCAGAGGCGCCAACGGAGUAACCGAAAUGUAAAGCCUCUGCUGCACUGUGGUAAAGGUGGCGUGCAACAAUUUACGUCCUCAUUGUUCAUUAUACAUUUCUGUAUAUAUAAGCACAUAUUCACGUCCUUUGGUAGGCCUGCCAAAUUUGGCAUACCUUGCCAAUUUGCCGCUGGCUGGCAACGUUUUGGUGGAGAUUUCUUUCAGUUCGGACUCCCAUGUAGUAAUAUUGAAAUGUUUGGUACAAAUUAUUAAGCUGUACAGACUACAUAGCGUUCGUGUUGAAUGGUAAUUAUAGUCUUUAUUUACCCUUGCAAUGCAGGAGAAAGACAGCCCCAGUGAUCUUGCAGUUAAGGAAUAAAUAGUGAUGCUAUAAUGUGUCAGUUUUUUGCAGUGGUCAGAACCCCACUACUGAUCUGAAUUUGUCUUAUGAGCGCUGUUUUCAUUCAUUUCUAGUAAGAGAUCGAAGACAGUGGACAAUGUAGUGUAUUCUCUGAGGAUUUCAGGGUCAGAAACACUGUGGAAGAAAAGUGUUUGCGACAGUGGUCGCUAUUGAAGUACGUCCAUUUAUCUCUCAGGAGCCUUAAGUCUUUUUCAGAAGAAAAAUUAUAAUUUUUGCUGUUGAUUAGUCAGCAGAAAGAUAUACUAGAAGACCAAAAUUUGUGUCUCUAAUAUUUUGUUUUUCUUACUAUUCUUGGUCUUUCCCCUAAAAAUUGUCUUUAUUUCAUGACAGGAGUACAAUCUUCAAACAUUACAUUCCAGAUUUCGCUCAUGUGCUGUAUUAUAUUUAUGAAUCGAAUCGAUAUGUUAAUGUCCAUGAUGCUGACUGACAAGGAUGUUUGUGAUACUCACUAACAACAGAAUGUCAUUUCUAACUAAAGUUAAUUGUGUUACUUGAUCUAUUGUAAUGUAUCUUAUUUCCUGAAGUAUAUUGUAGUGUUUCAUUGUAAUUAACUUUUACAACAACAUGUAAUACAUCAUAACUGUUGACUGAGCAAUGGUAGCUAAUUCAGUCAGAAAUGCCUAGUUAAAUUUUUGAUGUUAUAUUUACAAUAUGCAAAAAUUCAGUGUACUUUCUCACAGACAGUUGUUCAGUACCAUGAAAUGACACUUCAUUAAGUUUCUUACAUUAUAUUACUUUUACAAUGUAAUAUUUAGCUGUACAAAACCGUUUAUUCCAUAGCACAUGUAUUAAACUUUUGUAUAUAUAGUGAACACAUCUUUUGUAAACAGUCAUUGUUGAAUGGUGAUUGGUGAUUGAUGUAGGGACCAAAUUGGUUUCAAAGGUUUACUCUUUUGUUGUGGCUGCUUAUGUCAGAGCUUCAUCAGACAUGCAGAUCACAAAUGUUUCCCAGGCAUUUUCGUAUGCAGUAAUAUUCAUGGAGGCAAUUAUAAUUGUUAACACAGAAAUGUUGAUUUAUUUAUAAGUUGUAGAUAAACAUAUUUCAUUGAUAACUACUUUUGUUGAUAAUGUUUUUAUGUUAGUAAGAUUUGGUGAGUCGAUUAUUGGACUUUACAAGUGAUGAAUGUUGUUUA